CCGGCCAAUAAACCCACAGAAGAAGAAGCCGUUGUGUUCCUUUACAAAAAUACACGAUUCCUGCAAGGAUUUUUGUAAGGGUUUCAUAGCGACAUAUCAUUUACCAGUUAAUUUACUUUAUAGAGCUUUGAUUAAAAAAAAAAAACAAACGUGUUUUUUUUUUUUACCCCAACCACUGGGUUACACAUAUUGGGUCAUUGCUGGGUUAUUUUUACAUUGUUGGGUUAUUUUUAGUAAUAACCCAGCUGUUGAGUUAAAUGCGGUUCCCGCGGCGACGGAAAACAUUUUAACGGUCCAACAGAAGCCUGAGUAUAAAAGAGAAAUGGAUUCAUUUGUUAAGGAACGACUAGAAGAGUGGAACCUCAGCCAUUUAAUUGAAACAUUUCAAGAGGAAGGAGUGGAUGAAGAAAGUUUUUUGCUACUGGAUGAUGCCAGCAUUGCUGCUCUAAUUCCAAGAAUUGGUGUCAGGGUUAAAUUCAAGAAAUAUCAUUCAGAACUUUUGGAAUCUCUGGGCCAUAACCCCGUCAACAAUCAGUUAUGUCCCAGUCAGUCACCGAUAAGGAAUGACCCACCGACAUCCGCCCCAGCAGAGACAGAAGAGGAAAGCUUCCCAACAAGAACAACAAGCAACUCAACCUUUGAUAUACGAGAAAUACUCCAAAAUUCUGGAGGAUCAGCGUUAAUUACAUCUUUAGACACAGACAUGCAUCUAAGCCUCAAAGAGCGACAUAAGAUGGUGCGGUUGUUGGUUUCUCAUUUAAUGGAAAGGUUUGGGGAAAACCCAACAGCUGAGAUCAAAAAGGAGAUGGCUUUAGCAAUAAUUGACCAGUUUCCUUGUCUGAAAAGCAAUGAGGGACACGGAUAUGAGGUAUGGUAUACACCUUGUCGUUAUCGUCACCCUGCAACCGGGUAUCUAGAAGAAAGACUCCGCAACGUGAGGAAACGUCUUAGAGCCCCACUUAGACGGCACAGCCAACCACAGCCAUCCCAGAAUUCCUCUUCCCGAUCCAGUUUUCCACUGCCAGAGUCUGAGUUGUCUUCAGCUGUCAUUCACAAAAUGAUUGAGUGGCUAAAGGACAAUGGAAGCCCUCACAGCCAAGUCCAGGAGUUCAUGAGAUAUACAGCACCCCAUCGAGCUGCAUGGAUUCGAUCCACUGGAACAAAAACUAUUGAAGAAAUCAAUAGAGAAUAUCCCAGACUAAACAUUCCUGGAAUGAUAUUACAGGACUUUGAAGUUAUAUUCCCUGACCAUGCUGACCGCCUUUAUGAAUUUUGGGCUCCUGUCUUUACUGACCGGAUUUUACUUUUUGCAAAAAAAGAACCCAAAGCUUCUGAUGUCCUUCCAGAGAAUCUGGAAACACUGCCAAUAGAGGUUCGUGGGGAAAUUGCCUUGAAAACCCUUCCUGUCAUCCUGCCAUCAUCGCCCUACCGCACAAAUGGGAAAGUUGUGCGUCCAACAUAUGGUGAAAUGAAGCGCGGCUUCAUUGACAUUCAACCUGUUGGAACGAAUGUGGUAGAUUACCUGAGCAGUGACACGAGCCAGGAUCCACAUGUCUUGGUGCUUGGGGACAAAGAGAACUCCUCCCAAGUGUUUGUCAUUUUCAACGGAGAGGCAGUUGAACAGGAGACCUUAAUUCAAGCAGUGGAUUUAUGUUUCAAAAUGUUUUAUGUCUAUGACAUAAACUACCCAAAACCCUCUGCUCCCAUUUGGGAGUUUUUGCAGCAUGCAAUCUUUAAAAUUCCUGGAGGAGUUCCUUCAGCACACUGCUGCCUCCUUAAAAACUUUGUUUUUAGUGUUAUUGACCAUUAGUAGAUCCAGUAGUCAACAGAUGUAUUUGUAGUUUUAUUACUACUAUAUAUUUACAACUCAAUGCAUACAGUGUAUAGUGUAGCUUUUUUAAUUAGACCCUGUAAACCGAAAACUACAUUAUCUACUGGAGCCCCUCAGUGUUCAUCCUUUAUCUUUUGAAAUAUACAAUGAAGAUCUUGUAAAUAACCAAAAAAGUAAUAUUGGGAAUUCUGUAUUUAUCUGUAAACGGGAAUGAACAACAUUAAAUAAAUAUAAACAAAUAAAUUCA